AUGUCAUACGAAAAUUUUUUGCGAACCGUUGAUUCAUUCGAUAGUCAAUCACGCGUCGAUCAAGAUAUUAGGGUGGAAAUUAGUGGUAACUAUGUAGUGAAUGUAAGAGAAUCUACAGAAAUAAAAAUAGAGCCAGAUAAUGAUACAGCAAUAGCCGACGACAAUAAAUUGACUAUUGUAGCAAUAACCGACGACAACGAAUUCACAUUGAUAGGAAACCAACACAAUCUCGAUAGAAAUAAAAGUUUGUCAGAGAAUCCAAUGAAUUAUACGAAAGAGUUCAAUGCAUCGUCAUCAUCCGCAAAUAAUUGGAUAGGAAGCGUUAAUUUAAUCACUAGUGUAGCAACAACACCAAUCUUCGGAAAGCUUUCAGACAUUUUCGAUCGUAAAAAUAUAUUUAUAGUUGUUUUGGGAACAUUUACCAUAGGCUCAGUGUUUUGUGGUGUUUCACGAAACAUAGCCAUGAUUAUUAUUGGUCGUAUUAUUUCAGGCAUAGCGAUAGGUGCAGGUGGAAUGACAACAUUAUCUAGUACAAUAACAUCAGAGAUCGUGUAUGUAAAGUCGCGUGGUAUAUAUCAAGGAAUUCUAUCAUACACCGGCUGCGCACAAGCACACAUUACAUCAAUUGCCCGCUGCUUGCAAAGACACUUGCUACAACAUGAACAGCACGAAUUGUCAUCACUUCCAUCGUCAAUAGGAGGUUUG